AUGGCACUUCACGGUGCUUUUCUAAUUCAUCUCUGCCUCUGGCGCUUGAGCGGCUUCUUCAACCGGCUGGCCUUCUGGAUCGGCGUCUGUCAUUUGUGUUUCUUCCACAGCAGGAGAGAUCGACAGACUUUCAGCAUUCACUUGAGUCUCCUGAACAGGCUCGCUAGCAAUGGUCUCCGGCUGAGUCUCAGGUUGCGCCUCUGCCUGACUUCCAUUGUGAUUACUCGUCUGGUUUGGUUUUCUCGCAUACGAAAUGUGCAAGUCCCGUCCUCCAUAGUUGUAACCGUGCAAGUUUUGAAUGGCCAGGGUUGCAAGCUCUGCGCUUUCAAAUUCCACCACAGCAUUACCGCUAGGUCUGCCCUUGGCAUUGUACUGGAUUUCUGCCCGUACAACGCGGCCAAUGGUCUCAAACAACUCGAACAAGUCUGUCUGGGAAGUGAUGUAUGGCAAGUUUGCCGCAUAGAUUGCUGGGCCCACUUCGCCGUUUCCGACAACACCUUCGGUCAAGUCGGAGUUUUUCAGCACGGGCUUUGGAGCCUGGUCACGGCCUGGACGAAUGUCAAUGGCACGUCCUUCCAUCUGGUAACCUUGGAAUUUUUCCACAGCUGCAGCCGCUUCGUCUGGGGUUUCAAACACAACAGUACCAAACCCACGGGACUUGCCCCAUUUGUUGGUCAUGACAUCGGCGCGGACAACAGAACCAACCGAACGCAUCAAGUCUUUCAAAGUUUGCCAAGUGACAGAGAACGGCAAGUUGCCAACGAAGACUUCGGUGCCCGGAGCAGGCUCACGUUCUCUUUUCUGCCUCCGUUCCUCGCGUUCGGCGUCUCUUCUGUCUCUUCCGUCUCUGUCUCUCGCGUCUCUGUCUCUUCUUUCUCUGCCUUCUCUGUCUCUGCCUUCUCUGUCUCUGCCUUCUCUGUCUCUACCCUCUCUGGUUCUUUUUUCUCUUGUUUCUCUGCCUUCUCUCUCUGCACCUUCUCUGUCUCUGCGCUUUUCUUGCGGUGGUGGGUAGUCCUGGCGAACAAAAAUCUCUCUUCCGCCGUGCUGUGUUCUGUCAUACUUGGAGAUGGCUCCCAUGACAUCGUCUUUGCUCUCGAACUCCACCGUGGCCAUUCCCCGCGAUCUGCCACGGUUGGUCACAAUGUCCGCCCGCACAACACGGAACUCUUUGCCAAACAUCGACUCGAUGUCCUGCGCCGUGGUCUCGAACGGAAUAUUGCCCACGAAAAUCGACCGCUCGUAGUUUCUUUCGCUGCGGCCGUCUUCACCCGCUGUGGAUGCCUGGGAUGGCGCCAAUUCCCGCUUGCGUCCGCCGCGGGCCCGUGGCGCCUCGUAAUCUCUUCUGCCGGGCGAUCUUGA